CAAAGAUGGGUCAAUUUCAUUUCUCUUUCAUGGAGAUCACCCUGCACAACCCAUAAUAACAAAACAAUAAAGACUCUCCUUAGAUCUCCAUCUCUGAAAUUCUGUCUCUUUUUUGUUUGCCUCUCUCAGUUGCAAAAUCUCCUUCAUGCCUUUCAGAUUCAAACCUUUGCAAUAAUCCCUGUAUGAAAUAACCCACCUUCUCUCUCUCUCUCUCUCUCUCUCUCUCCCCCCACAUGUACAUUUAUAUCUCCUCUUCCUCUCCCUUUCCAAAUUUAUUGAGAAGUUUCAUGUUUGAUUGGUGAGCUAGGCAUAUCUUUGGUUGUUUUUAUUCAUCAAAAUCUAGGUGUUUUCUCAAGAUCUGAAAUUUCAUCAAUGCCCUUGUUAAUUUCGAAUCUUCACCUCUCCAUCACUUGCAAAAUCUCCCACAUUGCUUGUGUGUUUUUUGGCCCAGAUCUAGGUUAGGGUUUCGCAACAAUUCAUAUGGGUUUGAUCUGAAAGCCUUCCAUCUUUGGUUUGAUAUUUCAAGAAUUCCUCCACAAUGCUGAAGCAAUUCCUGAGCAGACUCCCCCGGAAAGCCGUUAAAGGCGACUCCGGCGACCGGCCCGAGUCGCCGCGCACCAGCACGCCCAGGUCCAGCUCCCGGACCGGCCCGUCGGGCCUGAGCGGCGGCGGGACGGGGACGCCUCGAUCCAAUGGUAAUGGUGGUGGUAGUAAUAACAACAAUUCGGGCCAGGCCCAGCAGCGGCCCAGCGGCCCAAAACGCAUGUCCUCGGCGGUGUUCCCGGCGAGCGUGGUGGCCGGAAUCGAGCCCUUGGUGCCCUUCAAGGACGUGCCGGGUUCCGAAAAGAUGAACCUCUUCGUGAGCAAGGUGAGUCUUUGCUGUGUCACAUUUGAUUUCACAGACCCAACUAAGAAUUCGAUUGAGAAAGAUGUGAAAAGACAGACAUUGCUUGAACUUGUGGAAUUUGUGUCAUCUGCCUCCAUGAAAUUUAGUGAGCCUGCUAUUCUGGCCACCUGUAGAAUGUGCGCUAUUAACUUGUUUAGAGUUUUCCCGCCUAAUUAUCGAUCGAAUUCGGGUGGUGGAGAGAACGAGGAUGAUGAGCCAACCUUUGAUCCUGCCUGGCCACAUUUGCAAAUUGUGUAUGAAUUGCUGCUCAAGUUUGUUACUUCUUCGUGUUUGGAUGCCAAAGUCGCAAAGAAGUAUAUAGACCAUGCCUUUAUUUUGAGAUUGCUCGAGUUGUUUGAUUCCGAGGACCCUCGGGAGAGGGACUGCUUGAAGACCAUUCUGCAUAGGAUUUAUGGCAAGUUCAUGGUUCAUAGGCCGUUUAUUCGCAAGUCGAUCAACAACAUAUUUUACAAGUUUUUGUUUGAGACUGAGAGACAUAAUGGGAUUGCCGAGCUUCUGGAGAUAUUUGGGAGUAUCAUUAGUGGGUUUGCAUUGCCGUUGAAAGAGGAGCACAGGAUAUUCUUGUGGAGGGUUUUGAUUCCCCUGCAUAAGCCAAAGAAUCUGGGGUCUUAUUUUCAGCAGUUGUCAUACUGUGUCACGCAGUUUAUAGAGAAGGAGCCCAAGUUGGCAAGUGUUGUUAUAAAGGGUUUGUUGAAAUACUGGCCGAUAACAAGUAGUCAGAAAGAGGUGAUGUUCUUGGGUGAGUUGGAAGAGAUUUUGGAGGCAGUUAACAUGGUGGAAUUUCAAAAGGUUAUGGUCCCUUUGUUCUGCCGGAUCGCAUCCUGCAUUAACAGUUUCCACUUCCAGGUGUCUGAAAGAGCGCUCUUCUUUUGGAACAAUGACCACAUUGUCAACUUAAUUGCACAUAAUCGUCAAGUCAUUCUGCCCAUCAUUUUACCAGCCUUGGAGAAGAAUGCCAAUAACCACUGGAACCAAGCAGUACUCAACUUAACUCUUAAUGUUAGAAAGAUGUUUGUGGAGAUGGAUGAUCAGCUCUUCCUCUCCAUCCAUGCCCAAUAUAUGGAAGAAGAAGCAAAGCAAAGCUCGGAAGCUAAGAAGCGGAAGGAAGCAUGGGAACGGUUAGAGAAUGCAGCUAGUCUCCAGCCGGUAACUGGAAAUACUGCUGUUUUGGUAACUCGUCUGGCAACUUCAAUUGCCUGCUGAAAUUGACUUAUGAACUGAUAUGACAUCCCCAAGCGUUCUUUUUCCCUCAAUAUCCUCUCGUUUAUUGGUGGCGGUGGGAGAAUCAGAAGAAAUGUAUGGAAAUGGCUGUAGUUUGGGGUGGGAUUUUGUUUUUGUGAUGGUCCUUUGACAGCCAGUUGUAACCUUGUUUCCACUGUAAUCCCCAGAAAGGUUCUGGGCAGGGUCAUGCAGUGACAUUCCACAGUUUUCUGUACUAAUAGCUUAAUUGGCUGAUCCCUUUUUGCCCUCUGUAACCUUGUAUCUUUUUCCGAUGCUCAGAUAUGAUCAGCUAUUUCUUUCUCGGAUCAAA